GACCAAUUUUGAAAAAUCCCACCAAAGUGUGCAGUGCAAAAAGAUCCUGUGGGGCCUAUGGCCAAGUGUGGGGAUGAGCAGAGGGACGAGGGAAAGUGACAGCUUGCUUAUUUUGACAUUUUGAAGCAUGGAGAGUGAUCGCCAUGGACCUGUCUUUUGAGGUGGAGGAUUUUUCACCCCCCUUUGAGGGAGACUUUUUUUUGAAACCCAGCGGGCCUGAACCUUAUCAGUUCGAGCCGCUGGCUCAGAGGGCCCAAAGCCGGUGCUACCGAGGCAGUGGAGGACAGAAUGGGUCCAGUUUCUGGGUGAAGCUUGUGAACAUGCAGAGGUUCUGGUGGCCCGGGUAUGAAAUGCAGCUUCUCGAACAGCUGCAGAGGCAACAAAACAGCGCCCAGUUCUGUGACACCCUGCUGCAAACUGAGGGUAUCUCAGUCCCAACCCACAGCUGUGUCCUCGCAGCUCUCAGCCCUUACUUGUCCCAGAGCUUGUCAGCCACUCCCUCCCCUCCAUUGGGGCAGAUGCGUCGGCUCCACCUGCAGGCGGUGACAGCCCAGACCUUACUGAAGCUCGUUGGCCUCCUGUACAGCGGGGAGCUGGAAGUAAAAAGUUGCGAGGAGCAGAACGACAUGUUGGCUGCAGCCCACAGGUUUGGAAUCUCAGACCUUGCAUUAGGAUGCGGAGAUGAGGGGCGGAAAGGUGAAGAGCUCCUGGAAAGGAGGGAAAGGGUUCGCACGGAAGAAGGCACACAGUUGCACAAAAGUGUGAAAAUGCAGGAUGCACAGGUUCAGGCUGAGAUGAGCGGAAGGACAGAUGAUGAUCCUCAUGUUAAAGGCAAAAGCUUUGUAUCGAUUGGGACACAAACCGUAAACAGCAGUCUGAUGUCUGCAGCCAGUCCCGGCCAUCUUUGUGGUCAAGCAACACCUCCAGCACUGCAGUGUGUAUCUUCUGUAGCAACCGUUUCUACUUCCCUGCAACCUGAAAACAUCACACAGUUUUCUUUUGCUUCUUACCCAACCAUCCACAGCGAUCCGGAGUCUACAGCUGGGCAGUCCUCUGACUGUUUAAUAUACCCCUCAUUCCCCUCAGCUUCAUCCAGGUAUAUAGAGACCUUACCAACCUCCCUCAAGGCUGAUGCCAGAUCACCAAGAUCUCAUAAAAAGAACAAUUGCAAACAGUCACCUAAGUCUGGAGAGAGCGUCUCAGACCAACACAGGUCAGGACAGGAGGAUGGAAACGCGAAUGUGGAUGGAGGGACUUCUGCUCAGCUAAGAGGAGUCUGCAGGGAAAGGAUACUUGGAGGAGAAAAGGAGAAGAGGAACUCGCAUUUUAUAGGAAGAGGAAAGAAUCUUGAGAAGAUGAAGCAGACAGAACAGGUGAUGAAGACUGCUCAGAUUCCCUUCAAGGUGAAACUGAAGAGGAGGGCUAAAGGAGAGCUGUGGAAGAUCGUGGGCCUGCAAGACGCAGAUGAGAUGGUGUCAGUUCUUACCACCAUGAAACGGAGUUGCUGCAGCCAGAAAACCCACUCGGCUCACUCCGUCCUUCCAGCCCAUAACCCAGAGUUCCAGACGGUUCAACCCGUUUUCACUUCUUCCCCCCAACCCCUCCACCAUGCCAGCCUCAGCUCUGACUCUGAAGCACGCUCCAACAGCUGCUUCUCAAUGAAUCAGAGCCACGAGCUGGAGUCCGAGAGCCUCUCUCCGCCUCCGGGCCCCGUGGAGGAGUCUGACGAGCAGAUUGACAAGCUGUUGGAGGACAUCAUGAUGAGCCUGAAUAUUCUGCCCGACUUGGACAAGAACUGCAAGAAGAAGCAGGCAAACUACGAUGGCGUGCCGACCUUUUGCCAAGGCCCAGCUGCAGAAGACGGCGCUGGGGUGACCCCGCUGCAUGCUGAUGUCAGUGCAGCAGGUUUCUACCAGGACUUAGAGACACAUGGUGGCCACUCAACCACAGACACAGGGAUCCAUUGUUGUUCUGGAGCUCAGAACCAGGCAAGCUACACAGACCCUCCUACUGGGCGAACUGAUUUGCAAACACAGCCCUCUGAGUCCAGCUCAUCUAUCCGAUCAUGUGGGCCAAUUAAUGGACUGAGCUGCCCAGGUGAGGAAAAUUCCUCAUAUCCUCAAACUACGGGAUCCAUCUUGCCUGUAAAGUGUUGCUCCAGCGGGGAAAAACUACAGUACUUUGUAUUACAGCAGCAAGAUCAGAACAUUGAGUUCUUAUCUGUUUCACAUGAAAGUGAAACACAGCCAGCUGAUGCGUUUUCCCUACAUUGUGUGGAUAACUUGAGGCUUCCACAAUGUCUUUCCCCGUUAGAGCCCUGUCCCUCUGCUGCUCAUCAACAGCCUGAUCCCAGCGUCUCGGUUCAGCCAGAAAAUUCUAUUCAGCCAUCGGUAAAAACUCGGCCCUGGCUCACAGAAGCUGCCUGCACGCUGCAGUUUCCUUUCAACGCCAUCACGGCAGGCAAAAACGCAUCUCGGCCGCCGGAAACAAGCAGCGGCUGUGGUGCAGAGCCGUCACAGCGUCGCAGGAAGUUGAAAGCAAAAAGCGACGGAAACGCUGGCUUCGUGAAGAAUGUGGAGGUGAGAGAACAAAAAUCCAAACUAGGAAGGAAAUCCGACCGUAUAAAGAGGAAGAAAAACAAAUAUGAGGCUGCAGAAGAUGCCGCUCCAUCUAAGAGGAGAAGGCAACCAGAUUCUCGGAAAGAGCCCGAAGGUUUACCUCUGGACUCGAUCUCAUCAGAACGCGGAGAUCCAGCUACAACUGUUUGUUCUGUGAGUUUGUCAUGUAACAAUGUGCCAAUAAAGGAAAGCGGAAAGACUAUCGGCUCUUUAAACAAACCACACACAGCUACUGGGACCGAGACGUCCAAAGGAGUCGCAAAUCUCGGCACCGAACAGACCCGAAUCAGAACGAGGGGCUUUAUGAAGAGAUCGCAGCAAAACACAAGCAACACUAUCUCAGAUAAGUGCUGUCUUUUAAUACCGGUAAUCAGCAGAGCUGUUGUGGCGCAAAAACAAGACCCAGCUCUUCCUAAGAGGAAACGUGGAAGGCCUCCUAAAAUAAAACUCGAGCAGAAUCUUCCAGAAGGUGUUUGCGCUAACGCUGAGAUCAAGGGUUGUAAGGCCGGCGAGAAGAUAUCUGAAAAAGAAACGCCAAAGGAAGAACGAAAAAAGGGCAGAAAGUUCAUGGUCAAUGCAAGUGAGGAAGAGACAGGGCAGCUGCAGAAAACCACGAGUCCUGAGCGUCCUGGAAAAAACGAAACAAACAACAUAAAAAGUAGUGAAACACAAAAACAGUCAUGGAAGGUCACUCUGAAGGAGUUUCAAAAGCUCAUCAAAUGCAAAGACUUCAAAACAAGGAAAGCAACUGAAGUCGAAGACGGAAACGAUUCUGUAGAUAUAGAAGAGUUAGAGAAGGUCAGGGAGGCAGCAGAUGAAGCAGAUACGGAGGCAGAAAUGCGUCAGGUGCUUUGUGAUUCCACAUUUGAUGAAAAGCACAAUCUGCUUCUUGAUACAUCAGCCGCUCAGUGGAAGCCAACCCAACAAGGUGUGACCGGCAGCUCAGAGACUAGGAGGAGCAGUGUUUCUGGUCAUGGGAAGAAACCAGCCUCUUGCCCUGAUGUCUUAGAAGAAGAGAUGGUCAUGUUGUCGUCUAACAGAGAGCAAGGUGCAGAUCAGAGCAACACCCUCACCGGCUGUGAUGGGGAGGAGGAGGAGGACGAAGAUGAGUUGGAUGUUAUGCUUUGCUCUCCUGACAAAGGGUCUUCAACCAGAGAGUUAGGAGAAAGAGUGGUCGUAAUUCCAGAUGACGAUGAAGAAGAAGAAGAGGAUGUGAACGAGAUAGAUGUGACUGGAGAUGAAAGGGAAUAAUGUUUCACCCUGUACUUUAUUUUUUACCAUGUUGGUUCAGCACUUUUAAUAUUUACAUUUUUAUUUAUAUUGUUAUUUUGAUUAGUCACUGUCUGGCAGACACUCACUUUGCUUGAACCAUUUAAUUUCCAGCUAGAUUUAGUGUAAAAUGUACAGUUCAAGUGGAUGUUAACAUUUCUGUAUUAAGCAUGAGGAAAGUUCUCCUUGUAAUUUAGAUUUCUUGAAUACAUUUUUACUAAUUUCUUUGAAGAAAUCUGAAAUGAUUAAGCUGAAAAAAAAAGUCUGAUAUAAUUGUGACUUCCUUUAUCUGUUAAGAACGGUUAAUGUUAAUUAAAACUUUGCCUUUUCUUGCCCGUCA